AUGGCUCAAUACAAAACAUACGAAGGUGAGUGUCCCUACUGCAAACGUUACUUCAAACAAGUAAAGAUCCACGUAGAGACAGUCCAUCUCAAGCUGAAGCAGUACAGGUGUCAGUUCUGUGAUAAGAGGUUUGGAAGAAGUGGAGAUAGACUCGUUCAUAUGAGGAAUGUGCACACUGAGGUGUACGAUAAGAAAUCAGCUGAGCAGUUCUUUAAGAGGGAGAGAAUGGAGAGGGAGAGAUGGGCCCGGAAACGGAAACCUCAUAACCGCAUUGGACUCUGCCCUCACUGCAACGUCCAUUUUGCUCGCCUAGACAUCCAUAUACCAACCGUACAUCUCAAGCUGAAGCAGUACAGGUGUCAGUUCUGUGAUAAGAGGUUUGGAAGAAGUGGAGAUAGACUCGUUCAUAUGAGGAAUGUGCACACUGAGGUGUACGAUAAGAAAUCAGCUGAGCAGUUCUUUAAGAGGGAGCGGAUGGAGAGGGAGAGAUGGGGUUAA